UUUUAUUCCAUUGUUAUCGGCUCGGCAGCAAUUUGUUGUAAUCUAACUCCUUUGCAUUGGUUUGUGGGGUUUACUCAUUCUGAUAUCUGUGUGGGCACAAUACUCGCUUUGCAGAUGGUUCCCCUCAUCAACACGGCCACAGAGACGUUACUGAGAAACCUGAAGAGCCACGCUGAGUCCGGUAACAGCUUCAACAUCCACAAGUGUUUCGGCUGCUUCACAAUGGACGUAAUUGCCAGUGUGGCGUUUGGUACGCAGGUGGACUCUCAAAACAAUCCCGAUGACCCUUUUGUGCACCACGCCUCCAAGUUCUUCGCUUUCACUUUCUUCAAACCCCUCAUGAUUUUCUUCAUGGCGUUUCCAUUUGUGCUUCAGCCUCUUGCUGGUCUGCUUCCCAAUAAAUCACGAGAUGAGAUGAACAGCUUCUUUAUCCAAUGUAUUCAGAAGAUGAUUAAACAGAGAGAUGACCUUCCCCCAGAACAGCGGAGGCGAGACUUCUUGCAGCUGAUGCUGGAUGUCAGGGCCAGCAGCAAGUAUUUGUCUUUGGAGCACUUUGAUGUGGUCAAUGACGCCGAUGAACAGGCUUGCACCGAACAGGGGAUGGACAACGGACAGGAAAACGGACCAGGAAACGAGUCCACCAAACGCGCCCAGCAGAAGAGAAUGAUGACGGAGGAUGAGAUUGUCGGUCAGUCCUUCAUCUUCCUGUUGGCCGGCCACGAGACAAGCAGCAACACGCUAGCAUUCGCAUGCUACCUGUUAGCGCUCCACCCAGAGUUCCAGAAAAAACUCCAAGAGGAAGUGGAUGAAUUCUUCAGCAGACAUGAGACUGCAGAUUACUCUAAUGUCCAAGAGCUGAAGUAUUUAGACAUGGUUAUAUGCGAGACUCUCAGACUCUACCCACCAGCGUUCAGGGUUGCACGGGAUGUUGAUCAAGACACUAUGGUGAACGGCCAGCUUCUGCCUAAAGGAUCAUCUCUGGAAAUACCUGCAGGUUACCUUCACUAUAACCCAGAGCACUGGACCGAACCUGAGAAAUUCAUCCCGGAGAGGUUCACUCCAGAAGCCAAGGCCAGCCGGCACCCGUUUGUGUAUCUGCCGUUUGGAGCGGGGCCACGCAGCUGUGUGGGCAUGAGAUUGGCCCAGCUGGAGAUUAAAAUGGCUCUGCUUCACAUAUUCAGACGGUUUGACAUGAUGGCUUGCGAGGACACUGAGGUUCCUCUGGAGUUGAAGUCGCACACCACCCUCGGACCCAAGAAUGGUAUUUUGGUCAAAAUCAUCAAUAGGGAGAAUUUUGAGGAUGAGUCCUGAAAGAUUUUAGUGGUAAGCU